AUGGAUCACAACAGUUCCUACUACUACCCAUCCAACCACCCCCAACACCCUCUGUACUUUAAUCCGGCAUCUCCAGUUCAUGCUCCUCCUGCUCCUGGUCGUCCAGAACCAGAGGAACCAAAAGACUACCACCACUACGCUCCAGCAUCGCCAAGCGACUUUAUCUACAAUUCCUCUGUCAACUUCUCUGCCAACGGCACCGCCAAAGCCACAGCUAGCACUAACAUCUUUGAUCGUCCCUCCCGCCCUUCUGCUUCUUCUUCUUCUCGUUCUUUGUUCUCUGUCUCCAACGAGGCGGUACUUGGUUAUCCACCUGCGGGAGUAGAGUACAGCGGCGGCGGCCCGUCUACUGGGGCUGUGGAGCAAUCGGUUUUGGAUUACUUGGAGGUACCUGGGGUACUGGCAUCAAGUCUACAGGAACCAAGUAUACCACAACCAAGUCUACAGCAACCAAGUAUACCACAACCAAAUCUACCACAACCAGCACCAGGUUUUGAGGAGCAUCGACGUCAGCGUCAGCGGCAAUCAACAAUGAAUAUGGGGCCGGGACCGUCAAAAUCGAUACCCCCUGCGUUGUCGUUGGGUGCUGAAAGAGGGAGUAAUGCUAGUUCCAGUGAGGAGACGGUGGUUAUCAAGCGGGAGGAGAAGGAGGAGGGAUCAUCAAGUUCGGUUCCUUGGGUGUCGAUACCGUUAGGGCAGAGGGUGAAGAGGUGGGAGCCACGGGUGCCACGGGUGCCACAGGGUAAACAGGGAAAGCAGGGAAAGCAGGGAAAGCAGGGAAAGCAGGGAAAGCAGGGAAAGCAGGGAAAGCAGGGAAAGCAGGUGGAAGGAGAUGUGGGGACGGACAAUGGGAUCAGUGGUAGUAAGACUUGGGAAGAAAGGGGGGAUGGGGUGGUGGGGAGGAUGAUGCCGCCGGUGGUGCAUAGUAUGGGUGGGGGUGUGGGCAGUAUGGAGAUGGGAAUGGGAAUGGCACCAAUAAUAAUGCCAAAGAUGGGUCUGUUCAAACCCAUCAGGUGGGAUGGACCGUCUUCUUCUUCUGCUUCGAAGUCGAAGACUAAAGCGAGGAGGGUACGUGCCUGGGAAACCAUGGAAGAACAAUAUGGUGAUGUUCAUCUCCGACGAACUCUUGAAAGCCAAAAUCGACACAGAAACAGAAACGAAAGCAGCAACAGAGACCUAAACGACGAAACCGAAGACGAAAAAGGUUCUGACGCCCCCAUCUCUCCCCAUUCUCGCUCCCCAAAGAGACUCAAGACCUCCUCCCAAUCAAGAUACACCUUUCGUCCAGGUCCAGGUCCAGCAGAAACAGUCCCAACCAUCAAAAUAAAGCAAGAACCAGGCCUCUCACCUCCACCAUCCGCUGUUUUGGGUCAGUUUCCCAUAUAUGAUUCCUUCGAUUCCGCCCCAAGCAACAACAGUGGCUAUGAAUCCUCCGGUCUAUAUGACGAUUUACCUUCCUCGCGAAGUAUCAGCCCCUUGACUCGGGUUCCGACACCUCGUCGUGUGCUGUUCACUACUACUACUCCGAACCGGAUCAUGACUGGAACUAGAGAAACGGCCCAGCCUUCAUUGAGGGCGGUGAGUAAGCAGUUGAAGAAGAGGAAUCGGGAGAUGGCGCUGGGUCAGGGUCAGGGUCGGGAGGAUAAUCGAGAACUGAGUCGGGAACCAAGAAAGAAACGAAAAGGAGAGGGUUGUUGGGGUUUACCUGGCGGUAGUCAAAGACAGCAGACUCACGAUACUUCACUACAGCAGCAGAAUAAUCGAGGAUCUUCCGAAGAAAGAGAAAAAGGCUGGACGACAACCAUCUCAGCAGGCAGCAGUGAAGAAGGGGAAGAAAGGGAUAGGGAUGACGCUGCUGCUGCUGCUGCUGCUGCAUCAAGUAAUAAUGCCCUUUCUUAUACCGAUCAAGAAGAAGAAGAAGAAUGGUGUCGCCCUUUUUCAUUUUCAUCAUCAUCGUCGUCAUCGUCGGCCGCACCCGUCUCUUUUGAGACGUCAGCGAGAUAUGAUCAUGUAUCGUCGGCUUCGCAGGAGAGAAGAACAGAAGAAGAAGGAUACCGGCAAGCUAUUAUACAAAUGGUGCAAGACACUUGUCUUGAGGCUAGCAAGAGGUAUAUCAGGGCUCAUUGCGUGAAUAGGGGGGCCCGUGAUGGGGGCGGUACCUCUGUCCUGUCUCGUAGGUCCGAAACUGGGACUGCUCGCAAGGCAAGAAGAAGGAGGCAUAAGCUUAAAUCCCGUCAGGCCUCUUCCUCUUCCUUUUCAUCCUCCUCCUCCUCACCAGCACCAGCACAAGUACCUUCACGACAGCGACGCAAAGGUAAAGGUAAAAGCAAACGACAAACCCGAACCAAAAAGCAAACCACCACCACCACCACCACUCCUCCUCCCUCCGCGUGUUCUUCAUCUUAUCAGCAACCUCCCCCCGAAAUCCACUUGAAAGACUCCCUCCUCCCCAACGUCUCCCAAAUCUGCACCCUCCUCUGGUCGCGCUCGCAGUCUCUCCGACUGCACGACACCGACAGCAUCGAGCUACAUACCGCGCGAAACAUGUACUGGCUUUUAUCGUGGGCGGAAACCGUCGCUUUUGCUGUUCUUCCACCUGCUUCUUUCACUUCCACUUCCACUUCUACUUCCACUUUGACUGCCUUUACCGUCCCAGAUCCACACCCAAACUCAAACCCAGAGCCAGAUCCAUUCGAUUCAACUACAACCACAUCAGUCGGUUCCUCGUUUCCCGGUUUUGGUGUGUCUUCUUCUUCUUUUUCUUCUUCUUCUUCUUCGUCUUCUUUGCGGCAGAGGAAGAGGGACAGGGACAGAGACUGGGAGUGGGAGUGGGAGGGUUUCGGGGAGGGGGUGAGUGAGGAUGAUGGGUAUUUAUGGAGGAGGGGAAAGAAUAGUGAGGAGGAGGAGGACAAGGCUAAAGGAGAGUUUGAGAGCAGAAAUGGGAGAGUCGCCAGGGAACAGCAACGGAUAGAAGAAAUGAUAAAGAGGGUGUUUGACGAGGGAGGCAUGCUUUGUGAGUUUCUGGGGUAUGGGGAGGGGGUGGAGAGGUUGGGUAGGGUUAGGGAGUUUUAUGAGUUUUGA